AUGUUCUCCAAGAAUGAAAGCCGGCCAUUCCUCAGCGAUGAUCCGUCAGCAGACGAAGCAAACGCGCGCUUUCAUCAGCCGCACCAAACCCGCUCCAAAAUCAUCUCACACUCUAUUGUCUGCUUCGUCACAUCCCUCUUCUGGAUCUUGGUCAUUCUUCUUACGCUCACCGACUCAGACGCACACUACACCUCCAUUGACGAUAAGUCACCCAUAGAGCAAGGCCACGUCCAUCGCCACAACAUCACGUCCAAUGCCAGACUCAUAAGCUGCGGAAACUCAACGCAAGAGGCCAGAGAGGCAGGCUGCAAGUACGAUAUCCUGCUGAAUAACUGGGUGCCUGAGCAGUGCCUUGACCAAGAGUUCAUUGACGAGUACCGCGAUGACCAGAGCUGGGCCGGGUUCUCCGACAAGGAAAUGACGAAGCCGAUCUCCGUCGAUGACAUGGGCGAGGUGGACUUUUACUAUACUUCUCGGCGAGACCACGUAAACCACUGCGCCAUGAUGUGGAAGAAGCAGUUCUACGUACUAUUUGAUGAAAGCAAGGCGUUCGACACGGUGGUUGCGAGCCCAGGACACACUGACCACUGUGCCCAAUUCCUGAUGGAUGCGCCUGAGGAUGACUGGAAAGGACCCACGAGGACAGAGAUGGGCUUUGCUGGAUGUUGGAUUCGGGAGUAG